AUGCCGCACCUCGACCCAACUUCCGAAGCGUAUGCUGCCCGCUACUACCGCCUCCUAGAGGUCCUCAAGACCGAGGGACUUGUCGAGCCGCGAUACGAUGCCAACAGUCCCGGAGAGUGGCUGGCUUGGGCCCACGGAGUCCGUUGGAUGAUCCGAUUCUUGUUCGAGUCCCGCAGCUGGGCCAUCCUGCUGGCGAACGAUACACUUCCUGCUCCUAGGUCGUUCCCCGAGAUCGACGAGUUGAUGCGUUACCUCGACGAGGUCUUCCACCGCGAUGGCAACCAGGGAGAUAUCCUAGGUUCGCCCUACCCUACGAUCGCCUGGUCCGAGACCUUGGUGCUGCUCGAACAAGUUAACCAGGCCGAGCGUCGUCCUCUUGCGAACCCGCAGUAUCAGCGCGAGUUGUUGAUCCUUUCCGACUUCCGCCAGCUGCCCGACAACCUCGAGUCCAUGGGUCGAGCGAUUCACAACAUCGCAGUCGACCAGCGCCGCACGCACGGCACCCUCGUCAGAUUGCUCGAGAGCUUGCUCGAACGCGUCAACACCGACCGCGGCUUCGACGCCGGUGCUCAGCCUGGAGAUCGCGUGGGACUCAUCGAGAUGUCUACCGAGUAUCGAGACUCGUAUCACAAACUUUCCGACGAGACGAAGGAGGAGCUUAAGGAAGAGGUUCAGGAUGCAAGGGAGUCGCGGCAGAUGGGUUUCCGGUUGAAUCAGCGUGGGCGGUUGGCAGACGCGAACAACGUCUGGAAACAGAUCACCGAAUUGUUGAAAGGUUUGAAGGCACGCGUCGGGAUUGAGGCCAUGGUGCUCAUGGUCCGUAACAACCACGAGUUCACUAUGGACCCGCGAUGGUACAUCACGGCAUCGCAAAUCAACGAUUAUCUUGGUACCAACUUCAAGGGAUGGGACCUAGAGAAGAUUGGAGCACUGGUGGAGGCUUUCUCGGUUGCAGGCUGUGAUUUCAUGUCCUUCUAUCGCACUGCUCGAGAGAAGGCCGAGCAUCUCAAGAAGCUCAUAAGGCAGAAGAUCCUUGAAGGCUUAGCCACGAUCACUGGUGAAUUGAACAUCCAAAUGAAUUACAUCAACUAUGAGCAGGAGAUCGUCUUCCGUCGCGGCGUCAUUCUUCGUGGUUGGCUCCUCAGCGAGUUCAAGAACCCAUCUGAGCUCAGCACCAGCAUCCCCCCUCUCAAAGCACAGUGGCAAGCCCUUCAGUCGGGUGCCUGUCAUUGGGAGAAGACCACCCCCGAAGAGCGUGAGAAGCUCAAGGCAUCCUUCGCCGAGAAGCUUGCGGGUGGGCAGGUCAAAAAGCGGAAGGAGCACUCGGACAAGGGAAAGAAGCACGUGCGGCCCAAGAAGUCGAGGGCCAAGGGCAAGGGCAAGGAGGCAGCGACGGCGGCGGCAGUGGCAACGGCGGGCGGUGAUGUGGAGAAGGAGAGCAGUGACGACGACGAGAGCGGAGAUGAUGGCGAGGGUCAAUCACGCAAGUGUCGCCGUGUCGCAGAACCGAAGAGCGCUGAGUUCGUCCCCGACGAUGUGGAUGACUAG